AUGCCGGGUCUCUUUUCUCGCCUCAAGGCGCGAGACGGCCUGCGGCUCAAAAAGAAGCAGGCGGGCGCCGACCUGGUCAGCGCGCUGCCCGCGAAGCCAAAGUGGGAUGAUGCGUACACGCGCAAGACGGUCGAGCCCGAGGAGAUUCACGAGCUCCUCCACUACUGCACCGAGGAGCUCAAGGCGCGAGGCCUCGAUCUUCCUUUCCUCCUCCUGCCCUUUCGCCCGACCUCCGACCCGAGCGCCGUGCGCACCUUUGUCAGACACUUUUUCGACCAUGGCUACGCCCUCAGGGGCGAAACGCUGGUCCAGGAGCUUCGCAUGACCGAGCCCAUGGUUAUAUCUGGAGUUGUUAAGUGGUGCUGGAGCCGAGUCCAAGGUGGCGUCGUUGGCUGGGACGCCUAUGAGCUAUUCAAGGUUGGAGAGUUUGACUCCCACAAGGCCAGAGACUCGUUCAAGACAUUCAUUCCAAUCAGUGUGGAGAAUGGGGCCAGGCAGCGCAUCAUCUUCGACUUUUUUGACUUGAUCGCCGCCGUUGCCGCACAUGGCAAGUCAAACGGUUUCGGAGGCUGGCAGUUGUCUCGCAUGGCCGCCUGGUGGGCCUUUGAGCACAAAGACACCGGCAGUGGCUUCGAUGGCGGCUACAAGGCGUGGCUGAGUGCCGCCGAUGCCACGAGCCACCUAUUCUUCGCCUACCUCAGGUCACUAACACCAGAGCAGAGCCCGACCGGAAUCUCCCUGCUGCCCAGAUCACUCGAGAAGCUACUCAAGGACACCGAGUACCCACCUCCCAGGUCCCAGGGGAUGAUGACCAGCACCAACAAGCUGGUAAUGAUGGUCGAUGCCGUUUCUCCCACCCCGUUCGCAUUGCUUCGCCGAGCCGGCCAUUUCCAAUAUCGCGACACGGAUCGGGGUCUGCAAGAAUUCUCCAACUACGAGGACCCGGUCAAGGCUCUGACCGAGGAGUGCCUCCGGGUUCUCAAGGCCAUCUCAGCCGCGAACCAGUCGCAAGCAUCUAGUGCCAAGCACUCCACCAGCCUGCGGGAUGCGUCUUGGUCGCGCUUCGAGGACAUGGGCUUCAGCACUCCCCUGGCUGAGGAGGAUGAGGACACUGACGAGAAUGGCUCAUCUGCGAGGCACCCCCAGACCAUGCGCCGUACCGCUGCAUCCGGAAACGACCUCGGGCGGCCGACGACUCCAUCCUGGGCCGAUUUCCUGUCGUCAGGCUUCGUGGAUGACACCGGUGGCCGAUCAAACUUGCUUCUUCCUCCGGACAAGGUCUUGCCACCUAUCGAGACGGGCAUCCGACAGCAUAGCUCGUCCCAGUCCCAUAGGCCACGACUCGAAUCGGAUCGUCAUCUCGAGCCUGGUGAGCUUGCUAGUAUUACCAUCAUUGAACUUGAUGACGCCUUCUGGUGGGUAUGGAUGAGCAGCCUCGCUCCUGAGGAGACUGCCGAGAGAAAGUCUGCGUUUGGCAGAUGCGCGUUGAUCGAGACAAAGAUCUACGGUGCUCGUUGGAUCGUGAUGGAGGAGAUGGUCGCUGGCGCGGCGCCUGAACCACAGGAGGGCGCCUACAUCGCCGAGAAGAAGAGCUUCUUCAGCUGGACGAAGCGAAGCAAGACCCUUCGGCGCAAGUCGAUUGGGAAACACGCACUGGAACGGGGCGAAAGUAACGGCACCAGCUUCGCAGACAGCAAGACGACCCUUGGCGGUGAAACCCACGCACGAGUCCAGGCCAAGGCGGCUCAGCUUCGCGCCAUGAAAGACAAGGAACAGCAGGCCGCUUCUCAGGUCACCCAGCGCCGCGGUCGCACGGACGCGGAGCUUCUGGCGGAGAAGACUAACAGUGUUUUCACGCUCCAGCCUCACAUUGUCGGCGAGGCAUCGUCCGCCAUGAAAUGGGUCAAGAAGUACGAUAAGGGCGCUAUCAAGGAUGCCUACAUGGCGAACAGCAGCGCCGGCCGUGGGCUCGCCGUUUCUCCUGCCCCCUCCGAGCAUACCAACGGUGCCUCUGCCGCCAAUGGGUCUGUUGCUAAUGGCUCGGUUGCUGCGGGUAUGAAUGGUCACAGCCCCGCCGAACAGAUCGGACCAGAGGUGCCUGUCAAAGACGCCGCCGUGGCUGCUUCGACGUCCUCGGUCCGCCGAGACUCUGUCCAGUCGCCGCCUCCGGAGGCAAAGGAGACACCUAAGCAGCCGAUGCCGGAGCCUGUCGAGCAACCGAACAGCCCUGUGCCGCCACCCAAAGACACGACAGCUCCCAUUGUAGCUGCGGUCGAGACCGAGGAGCACAACGUCCUGCCAGAGAGUCCAAAGUCGCCAAAGGUGGCGUUCCAGGCCACUAAGGAAAAGUCUGGACUGCGCAAGCUGUUCGCCAGGAAGCAACGGGCGUCGAAGCUGCCAGACAAUGCUACCACGGACGUGAACGAGAUGCUGCGAGAAGCUCAACAAACUCCCGAGCCCGCCGUGCAGCAGACGCCAACUCCAGCAGCUACCCCGUCGCGAUCCAUCGAUGAAGAGUCAGCCGCGCGCACCUCGGUUGACCCAGCCAACCCAGCGGCACUCACGCCUCGCGAGAUGGUGACCCCUCCAGCUCAGGACUCUGAUGUCUCUAGAGCGGGUGGGCAGACUCGCUCGGAUGGCGGUGCUGCCGAGGCAGAGGCCGAGUUCUCCCGCUUCGAUCAAGGGCCCUUGGCCGAUCAGCCUGCGUUUGCGCCCGACGACGACGAGGACGAUGCCACCCCUCCCCCGAUCGCCCGUCAUCCUAUCCGUCAAGCAUCGCCUGCUGCGCCAGAGACACCCAAAGAGGAGCUGAGCCAGAGCGCCAGCCCAGGAGUACAGGAUCGAUGGGCCCAGAUCCGAAAGAACGCUGCGCAGAGGGCCGCAGUUCGCCCCAAGGACGACACCACCCGAGGCAGCCCCACCCGAACCGGCGAUGGCGACGACGACACAAGCGGAGAAGAGACAAUCGAAUCGAGAGUCGCUCGCAUCAAGGCCCGCGUUGCCGAGCUGACGGGCAACAUGGAAGACAGCAGUGCACCCCAUGGAGCGCAGAAUCGACGUUAG